AUGCCAAGCAAAGGAAUUAAUACAUUUGGAGCCAUCGCCUUGCUAGUGUCAUCCAUGACGGUAAGUUUCGUUGAUACCAUUAUUACCUGUUUAGUUCUUCCCCCUCCUAAUGGUCCAGGUCUCUCUACUAUUCCGCCAAUGUUCCAACAGUCUGGUUGGCUGGCCCCCAUGUUCGUCUUUGUCGCUGUUGCAGUUCUGUCGGGUUUCUCUGCACUGUUCAUCUGUGAAGUUUUAUCCAGUAUCAAAGGCAAUGAAAAGUUUCAGGCCAAUGUCGAGUUCACAACGGUUGCCCAACUUAUUCUCGGUAAAAAGUACCAUUACUUCUUCCAGAUCGUCCUUUAUCUUGCUUUACAAGCUGUCAACGUAGCAAGCAUCAUUCUGUCAGCUCAGACUCUCGACAGUAUGUUUCUCACUCUUUUCGAUGGAACUUGCGGGCUCGGAGUAUCUCCAGGACGGUGGUUCUGCAUCUCUGAACGUUCUGUUCUCGGAAACUCUCCCUUUUCUGCGGAUGAUUACUACAUUUUUACCUUUGGUUAUCUUGUCACUGCGGCAAUGGUGAUGCCUUUGGGCUUCUUCAGUCUGGUCGAGAAUAUCUACGUGCAAAUGAUUUCAUUCAUCGUGCUAUGUGGCGUCCUCAUCCAAUGGAUUGUCGCUUUUUGCCAGGUAGGUCUUGAUACCUCGCUCUUGCCUGCAUCUGGCCCUGAUUCGUCUACGGUACUGGGUAUCGUCAUCUUCAAUUACGCUUAUAUUACAACGAUUCCUACGAUGGUGAACGACCUUCGACCUGAUGUAUCAAUUCACAAGUCUCUUUGGAUCUCUGUGGUCAUUUCGACGAUCAUGUAUAUUCUACUGGGUGUUUUUGGCGCAAUGGCGUAUCGCAUGGAACCUACCGCCGACAUUCUUGCCAUAUUGAGUUCUCAAGGCUCAACUGCAUCUUUGGUGACCACCUAUAUAUUCCCUAUCUGUGCACUAGUCACAUCCAUUCCAGUAUUCACCAUUGUCAUCCGUCAAAACUUGAUGCGUGGUAAUAUCUGUGGUAGACCAUGGGCAGUAUUUUGGUCCAACAUACUUCCAUGGUUUGUCUGCAUCCCAUUGCAAACUAAGGAUUAUGUCGGCACGAUUCAAAACUGGAGUAGCUUAUUCUUCCAAUCGACCAUCAACUUUAUACUUCCUUUUAUCCUAUACUUUGCUUCGAGAAAAUACCAAGCAUCUGUUCUUGAAGAAACUAAAGAAACGUCUGCUCCCCACACUUCUAACUCAGAAAAGCAUCCGCCUGAAGCUGAAAACGUAGAGCAUGACGAAGAUCAAGAAGAAGAAAAACAGAACGAGGUGGAGAUGCAUUAUCCAGACGAAAACAGAUCAGUCUCGAUUCGAAGAUUGGGUCGUACUUCGCAUCUCAGCAGACUCGAAGUGGGAGGAUCACCAUCGCUUAAAUCGCCACGGUCACCAAAAUCACCUCGCACGUUCCGAUCGCCGCUCUCUCCAAGAUCGCCUAAAUCACCUGGUGCAACCCCAGUGAUUAUGUUUGAUGAGACAGGUGUUUCUCCUGCAUCACGUCUACAAGUACAUGAACAACAACCCACUAGUAACAGCGCACCCGGAUCACCGAAUAUACUCAAGGUCCCUCCUCCGGAAAGCUCACCUCGAGCCAGUACAACCAGCGCUGGAUCAGGUCUUGGUAUCACACCAUCCACAACAGCAAAUGAACUUAGCAGCAACACCGAAGAAGAAGGCAUCAGUCACAACGAUAUUAAUGGGAACGGUGCCACCACCACGAAUAAAAAGCCAGAAAGAACAUCCUGGAUUUCGAGCAACUUUUCCUUCCGCAACAAUACCCAUCAUGGUGCUGUUGCACCCACGUCACCUGCUAUCCGGUUGAACAACAAGAGCGACGCUUGUCUCGAUGACGACGACGACGACUGCACCGACAAGAAAAAUAUUUCAAUGACGGUCCAUGAUCAGCAACCUGUUCAAGAUGAUAAUGCUCCUGUACACUUUUUGGCGUUCAAGCCACGAUCAUGGCUUAAUCCUUUCUAUGUGGCCAUUGUAUCCAGUGGAUUGCUUGGCGUUGCCAUUGUCUUUAUGAUCAUCUAUAAUCUUACGAUGCUUGGUCUCGGCAACAACGUCUUUGACUAAAAAACAAAGGGCCACUUUCUUCCUCCUUCGUCAGCGUUUUCCCUCAUAUCUUUCCUCUCUUAUUUGUAUCUGUAAUACUUUUACUUUUGUAUGUAAGAACACAUUGUCCGUUGUAUUUAGCUGACCUUUUUCUUUCGUGUGAUUGUUUUUGUAUGUAUGUUUAAUAUUUUUUUUUGGAAUAUUUGCUUAUCUUUUUUUCUUUUCCAAUAAAGUUUUUGUACUUAUCCGAUA